AAAAUUUCACAUGUAACAGAAAAAAAAAUCUGAUUAAAAAAUUAUGUUGUGUUUUGUCCAAAUGAAUUAGAAUGAUGAUGAUGAUGAUGAUGGAUAAAUCAAUUGUUUCAAAUUGUAAUAAAAAAUUUCAUUUUUCAUCACUUACAUUGGAAAAGAUUCGUCAAAUUCUUAAUGAUUUUGUUGUUGAACGUAAUUGGGAACAAUUUCAUCAACCACGUAAUAUUUUGAUUGCAUUGAUCGGUGAAUUGGGUGAAAUUGCCGAAACAUUUCAAUGGAAUUCGGAUAACGAUUGUAAUGAUGAUGGUUUACCAAAAUGGACCGAACAACAACGAAUAGCAUUGGCCGAUGAAUUGGCCGAUGUUCUUUUGUAUUUGAUUCGUUUUUGUGAUUGUUGUCGAUUGGAUAUUUCGAAAACAAUUAUUUCCAACAACAACAACAAACCAAAAAACUAAAUUACACACACACACACAAAUAUCAAUGUUGUCAUGAUUAUAAGCAAAUUGAUAAAUUGAUUUUUUGUUUCCCCUUGAAAUUGAUCUUAUUGAUCGGUCGCCAAGGAUAUAAAGAUGGAAUUAUUAAAAAAUUU